GUAGUCCAUCCUUUUCUAAUAAUGUCCUCAAUUUUCUCUUUCUAACGGUCAGUUGAAUAGUCGUGACCAUGGUUGUGAAGUCUAUGAUUUAAAUCCAAAUAUUUUAUUUACAUUUUCUGCAGAGCUUUUCUGGUUAGUUUUGUCACAGUGAAAGCUAAAUAAAGUUAUACUGUUGUUUUGUCAUUCGUAAUCAGAUGUCUUUGGAAGAAUAUGAAAUAGUAAGAGUUCUGGGCCAAAACUCACAUUCCAGAACUUUCAUGACAAAAUAUAAAACCAAUAAUGAACUGUUUGUUUGGAAGGAGGUGAGAUUUGAUCAUUUGGAUACUAUGAAUAUAGAAAAAUUACAAGAGAAAAUUCAGACUAGAGUUUGUCUGAGUCAUCCAAAUAUUUUGAAAUUCCAGAAACCAAUUGAAGGGAUUCAGUCAGAAAGCUUGUAUCUUGUUACCAAAUUUUGUAAAAAUGGCUCUUUGAAAGAUAUGAUUCAGUUUUGCUUGAAAAACAAUAAACGAUUAACAGAAGAGUUCCUCUGCAAGAUUUUAUAUCAAGUAGUCUUUGCUAUUAAAACAAUUGAUAAUUUUGCUGGCAAACUCCAUUCAAAAGAAAUAUUUUUUGAUGAAGGGUUCAAUGUGCAGUUAUAUAAUUUUGAACUAGAGUCUGAUAAUGAUGCAACUGAAUAUAAAAUGUCCAGGCUAGGUGCACUUCUUUUCAAUUUGUGUACUCUGGAAGAGGACAUGAGUGAUUUUCAAAAGAAACUGAAGAAUCUGAGUGAAUUCUAUUCAAAAAAUCUGUUGUUAUUAAUAUCUAGUAUGGUGAAAGAUAAUGGAAACUUGAGGGAAAAUAUUGAUAAAAUAUUAUGUCAUCCAACAGUAUUAUUAAAUUCAGCUCAGUGGAGUGAAGCACAUUGCUUUAUGGAAAUUAAUGAAAUCAAGACUAUUUUAGACACAAGUGAGGGACAUGAAAAUUCAUAUUCAUCAAAGAUAAAGAAACUCAGAAGUAAAGAAAUAGCUCUCAAAAUGCGAGAACAAAAACUGAAUGAUUGGGAAUACAGACUUACCAACAGAGAGAAAAAGAUUGCUUCAAUGGAAAGAACAAUGAAAGAAAAGCUCCAGCAAGCUGAAUUAUAUUUGAAACGCUGCCGUGAGAAUAAGUCUAACUACAGCUCUGAAACCUCUAAGCAUUCAGGUAAAAAUGACAGUAAUAUAAACUCUGACCAAAAUUUGGAUUCAACUUACAUAAGUGUUGGGGAAUCUGUUAUACUACCUACAAGUAAAAAACUGAAUGUUAAUGAAAUUGUCAAGCCUGCACCAUUCACCAGGACAUUGUCUGAUAGGAGAAUCCGUUUUAAAGGUCACAGUCCUCUAAAAGAUAUUGAUUUCAAUAAAAGAAAGAAUUUCAAACAGUUGAAAAAAAUAAAAGAGUCAAAAUCGGAUUGGAUAACAUGUUCCGAAGAUAAUGAUAGAUCAAGUGCAGAAAAUGAUGUGAAGAUGCUCAACAGGAAAUGUAAAGAAUUAUUCCCGAAGCACUGUGCUACUUAUGAGAAUAAUUACAGAUCAAUAAUGUACGAGGAAGAUUGUGAGCCGAUUAAAUGGACUGAGGAGAAUAAAAAAUAUGCAUUUAGGUUACUUAGAAUGAUGAAUGAUGAAAAAGAAAAUAACUGUGAAGUGAAACACACCUACUUAUGACAAAAUACAUUAUACAUUUGUAUCGAAAUAACCUUACUCCGUCCAAUUUUAUUUUAAUCUUUAACAAAACUUUAGAUAUAUAUUUUCGGUGAUUUCAGUUACAUUUGAAAUUAACACUAAACAGAGGUUAUUGAAUUAAUAGAUACAAAUUCUAUGUUAAUAUUAUCAUUUUAUCAAUUAACUCUUUCAGGAUCCCACCAAUUUUAAUAGGUCGUGCCAACUCUGAGUGUUUGCAUUUUCAUGUGGCUUUGGUUCCGAAAUGAAAAUGUACAGAACAUUACGUUUUAUAUUUAUUACUUUGAGUAAGAACAUUAUGUGCUAGUUAAAACAUAUGCAUUCUUCAAAAAAUUCAAUUUCUUCAGUUAAAUUCAGUCAGAGGUGUAUCUCCACCUUCCUCAAUUUUAAUUGAUGAUGAAUUUAAUUUUAUUCACAAGAAAUUUUCCAUAAUUGAUCUUGAUAAUAUCUGCACGUCGCUUCUACGGUAAGAAACACAAAAUUAUUCAAGUGAAAACUAAAAACAUUGACUCAACUAUUCGUUUAGUACAAUUGAACUAGUCCAAAGUUCACACUGGUCAAGUUGAAAAUUGGUUUAGUAGAAAUUAUUUUUUAUCAGUUUGGCUCAUAUUAACUUCUACCUACGUAAUGACUAAUAAUUUUAUUUUACCUAAGUUGAGGUAAAAGAUAAUUGAAAUUUUUAAAGGUAAUAAACGAAAGUUUU